GACAAUACCCACGUGAUCUUGUUUUAUCUGCCGCUUCCACUGGAAACCUAUCUGACCCAUACAUUCCUCCCAUUGUGUAGCCGUUUAGAGAUUCUUUCAGAACUGUGUACCCACUGAUUACAAUACUGGGAGGGUUUCAUAGUAUUGCGCUACCUACAUCCUACAGAAUUUAGUUUUUAAAUUACCUCCCAACGAUUGAGCCAUUGUCAACGGAUUGUCAGGUACAGGUGAAUCCGAUUUGCAUGUAGGAACGAUGGAGGCUACAAAACGCAUACCAAGUAUCGUAGCAAAUCAUUCAAACUUGCAUCCGUUGAAAUAUGAACAACACUGGCGGGAAAAUAUUUCGGAUAUUUUGCAAGGUAUGCGUCGACUUUUACCCAAAGUCGACAUUGAUGUUGCUGAAGCUGAAUAUACAGAACUUCUGCGAUGUGAGCAUUUGUUGAAAGAUCUUUAUCCGAGCAAGUACAUUGCUUUGAAAAGAAGUCGAAUGGACAACAGUGCUCCGACGCAUCCUUCCGAGUACCUGACUGGUGUUCUGUAUCAUGUAAUCCAAAACACACAAGAGACCCCUAUAAGCUACAAGAUCCCGGCAGCGCUUAACGAAUUGGUGUCUUUGAAAAGAUCUCAAGAGGCUUUAGAAGAACAUCAAAUCAAAGAACAGGACAGAGAACGAAAGUCUACGAAAUCUCCUAAAAGUAGUCCUAGGCCUGAUAAAGGAAAGAGGAAAUCUAAGAAGGAGAGGCCACAAAGCACAACAGCGAAUCCUCAAGAAGUAAAACAAUCUCCUGAGCGAUCGCGGUCUAAAUCUCCAAAUGGACUGAGAGACAAAGACUGGACUAUGGUGCCAUUUGACGAUUAUCUAAAACUUAAGAGUACAAUAGAAUUUCAACGAUCCAAAAUUGCGGAAUUGACAAAUAGGCUGGCGCAUUCCUUGAACAUUCAACAACCUGAAGAAACUAAUUACAUUACCAAUCCUGAUGACGAUGGACGUCCUACCCGACUCGCUGAGCGUUUUGCCACUGUUUAUGAGGAAGAAUGGAACGAUGCAUUUGAAGCACUGACGAUGGCGCUUCGGUGGGGAGAAAUGGACGCCAUUUUUCAUUUGCUUCGGAUUGUAAGAUAUAUUUACGAUUAUUGUGAAACAUCUGCCAAAGAACAACUGGGAAUGCUUGAAAGCGUUUUGUGUGGUCCAAUGAUUCAUCCAAAACGUCCAUAUAAGGACACCAAUGACUUCCAAUGUUUGCCAGAGGGACAAAGGCUCCUGAUGUCAUCAUGCGCAAUAAGAUGCGCAAAAGAUUUCCGAAAAGUGAACGCCGGUGUAUCUGUUGCUGAACUUUGUGUGGACUUCAAAGAGCAAGUGAUAAGGCACAUUUUCAAAUGGGACCUAGAUCUUUUGUCUGCUGCGGUUUUGAACUAUAUUGACAAGUGUAUGGAAAUCAUUUGGUUCAUGUGUAUUCAAGAGCCGCCUAUGGUAAUCACUUGGGCAAAUGACGGGGAAACAGUCAACACCAGUUAUUAUACGUUUUACACAAGGAAAGGAGAAAUUGUUAAACAGCCUGUAUGGCCAGCUGUUUUUCUUCAACAUGGAGGCCCACUUCUCACAAGAGGAGUCGUGGUACCAGUUUAAGAGAUCUGUCGCAUCCAUCAACAGAUACAAAUCAUUCACACGAUAUAAAUACCAAAUAGGUAGAGGAACUGAUUUUAACAUGGUUAACUUUUUCGCAUACAUUUGUAUAUUCAAAUUCAUUGUGCAUUGUUACAUAUAGUGUAUUCUCGGCCGUACGAGCGGCCGAUUUACUUGUGAUUGUGUUAGAGAGUGCGUAUGGAGAAUAAGAAAUUAUUUUUCAUCGUUUCGGUACAAUGAUUUUUAAUAAGUAGUUCAUGUAUAAAAUCUGAAUAAAAUAUUUCAAAAAUGUUUCAAUAAAAUUCUUAAUUGCUGUAA